GUCUUUUCCGAAUCUUGACCCAGUGCCUAUCGUUGGCCUCUGUUCUCGACCGCGACCGUCAGUGUGAAAUGAAAGGGGUCACAAGGGGACGUUCUUUUCUUGGUGUUGUGCCAUCAGUGAGUGUCCAGUCGAUUGCGUGAGGUCCCUGCGCUGUGAGGUUGAUUGUUUCACUCACUUCACUUUCAGCUUGUUGUGCUACUGCCUCACCCGACAAGACUUGGGCACUCUCUACCAGAUACUCCGGCUACCGUUCUCAAUACGAGUCGUCUUCUAUGCCGGACCUGAUAGACUGUCCCCUCUCAUGCCUCCACAAAGCUUCGACCUCAAGCCUAUCUGCAAGAUGGAUCGGGCUAAAGAAAAAUCCCGCACCAACCACAUCUGGCCCCUGCGGUGCCACGCGAACAGCUUAAGGUCAAGCUUCAAGCUCCUGAAACGCCAUCUCCUUCAGAUGCAGACCCUUUUCCCUGCGUGGAGGGCGGGCAGUCCGCUGUUUGUGAGGCUGGUUUGGCCUAUCGAUAGCAAACCGCGAAGUCUAUCCCACAGCCUCGACCCCAGAAAGGGGAGGCCAUGUACAUGGAUCACAGCUGGUUCCAUCCGCCCCUUGCGCUUAGAUGCCGAUCGAAAUAUUCCCAUAUCCAUGCUCCACUCGCUCAUCUGCUGUCGCUCGCUUAUCGACCUGCCGUUCCUUACCAUUGUUCUCACGACCAACACAAACAAUGCUUGCGCAGGCAUUGUAGUACCGCCUUGUCCCAGAGAUCAAUGUGAUCCGUUGUCACUCCUUUCAUCCUCACUCCCUUUGUUGUUUGUUCUUGUCGCUCCUUUGUCACGGCCGUGCCGGUCCAUCUGCUUUUCUACCACCCCUUUUGAGCUUCGACCAGUUUCGAGCCACCAAUCCUUUCAGACAAAAGAUACUCAGCGAGUACCACACGGUCCCUUCAAAGAACCCAAAUCUACACCGAGAUUUACACUCUUUGCGGAAAAGCCACUUACGCUUGACGACUCUUCUUGCUGGUCAUUAGAAGCAUUCACCUUUUUAGCAAAUCCGCAAACUUCGGCAUCAUGCCCAUCAAAUCCAUCUUCAGCAGCGCCCUCAUCGGGUUGCUUGCUACAGUUCCUCUCACAUCAGCACACACCUGGAUCGAACAGUUGAUGGUCAUCGCUCCGAAUGGGACUUUGGUAGGACAACCAGGAUUUGCCCGCGGAAAUGUCCUGCGUGGUACUCCUGGAUUCAGUGAUCCCACCAUGGUCAACCUCAUUCCACCCGAUGGGCGUCCAAUCAACCAGAUUCAGCCUUCCGACCUCAUGUGCAAAUCCUCCCAGACAUCCCAAACCCAAACCGACGGUUCUCCGAGACUGCAGGCUGCUGCCGGAGCAGGUGUUGCACUGCGCUUCCAAGAAAACGGCCAUGUUACUUUACCCGACAACCAACCCGGCAAGCCACCGAAUCGAGGCACGGUCUAUGUCUACGGAACCACUCAACCCAGCCCCGACGACUCUUUCCUCGCCAUUCACCGUGUUUGGACAGCGGAUGGCUCAGGCGGUGACGGUCGCGGUCGGCUUCUGUCCACUCGCAACUUCGAUGAUGGCCAGUGCUACCAAGUGAACGGCGGUCAGAUCUCUCAACAACGUCAACAGCAGUACAGCCAUCCUGCCGAUGAUCUGAUGGGUCAGGAUCUCUGGUGUCAACAAGAUAUCCAGAUUCCAGAUGAUGCACAGUCGGGUCAACCUUUCACCCUUUAUUGGGUUUGGGACUGGCCAACCUUGCCAGGCACUCCAGGUUUUCCCGAUGGCAAGCAAGAGAUUUACACCACUUGCAUGGACAUUGACAUCGUCGACAAUUCUGGAGUGGAUACGGUCUCCAAGGCACAAGUCGACUAUUCACAAGGUCAACCGCUUGACAAUGCUGCGGUGUCUGCUCAAAUGACCGAUCUUGCCAACCCUACCGCUGUCACAGGUUCCACCAUUGCCUUCUCUGCCUCAGCUACAGGUCCCAUUUCUGGUGGUGCAAGCGAAGCUAGUGUCUCCGCUGCCACAGCAUCCGAGACUGGUGUACCUGCUUUCCUGAGCGUUCACGUGGGUUCAACAGCUGGACCAGGCAUCGAGACCCAAACCUUCAGUGUCAUUCCUAUUGGUGUAUUCACGACCACUACAGAUGCCGCCCAGGCGCAACAGACUGGCGGCUCGGAUGGCCGGGGUGGACGUGGCGGCGACAACAAUAACAACCAACCUCAAGUGACAGCAACUCCAAAUGCUGCCGGCAACGUUGUCGUGGCGACUUUCACUGAGUAUGAAUCUGUUACCGAAACCGUCUUCCAGACUGUAUACCAGACACGGUAUACCAAGCGAAGUGCAGAUCCUGCGCCGACGCCUGCACCCGCUCCAACAGUUUCUACAGACCACUCCGCGUUUCGGCUCAGGGCCCGAAACCCAUUCGUUUGGCUAGGCUGGUCCGCGCAGAAGGCAGAAGUGACCCAGAGUCCUUCCUCAUGACGUGAACGAUGAUCCUUCUUGCAAGCUGGACUUCAACAUGAAAAAAAGGACUGUACAUUACCGGACCGCAUCAGCAUGGACAGGAAAGGAAGAGCCGGGCUCCUCUUUGCUUUUUGGCCUUUUAACGACUCAGCGGAAGAGAAAAAAAAUGAAGGGUCAUCCACGGUACCCAUUGCAGACAAAGCUAGAAACUUACUUAUCCUGCUACUCAGAGCAGGGCACAACAAACCCGCCGGGUGUGGGGGUUUGGGAAUGAGCGUUACGAUGAUCCUCGUGUGUUCACACACUCAUCAUGAUCUUCUGCAUGUUGCAUCCGUUCUAUGCAAUUGCCCAUGUACUUACAUAUGAACGCACAUGACACAUAUCACAAAUUACAUGCCACAUUGCCAC